CCUUCCCGGCUCACGCCGAUUGGCUCCGCUGGCUGCGCGAGGGAUGAUGGGAGUUGUAGGCGCCUCCUCGGGCGUGCUGUAGCCCCGCGUGCCGGAGCGGGGACAGUUUCACCAUGAGCGGGACGCGGGCCCGGGACCCCGCUCAGGGGGAGCCGGGCAAGAAGCGGGGCAAACGGGAGGUGCGCGGGGAGUUCGCGGCGGCCAUCCGGGAGCCGGCGCUGAAGGAGAAGGCGGGGGCCGCCUGGGGCCGCAGGGAGCCGCUCACCCACGAGGCCAUCGCGGUGGAUCCUGCUCCCUUCUGUCACGGCGUGAUCCCCGGCUUCCUCCCGUGCCCGGGCUUCCUGGACGGGCUGCAGCGGGAGCUCCUGGACCUGGAUUUCCACCCCAAGUGCAACGAUUUGUACAAGUUCAAACAGUCUGAUGAUCUGACGAAGAGAAAAGAGCCUCACAUCUCGGCAUUAAGGAAAGUUCUGUUUGAAGAGUUCCGGGAGUGGCUGGCUGCAGUUACCCAGGUGGAGCUGGAACCAACCAUUGACCUGUCCUGUGCUAAGUAUGAGUAUACAGAUGCCCUGCUGUGCCAUGACGACGAGCUGGAGGGACGGAGAAUUGCCUUCAUCCUGUACCUGGUUCCGCCGUGGGAGAAGAGCGACGGGGGCACUCUGGACCUGUACAGCACAGACGGCCACUUUCAGCCGCAGCGGGUCGUCAAGUCGUUAGUCCCUUCAUGGAAUUCCCUGGUCUUCUUCGAAGUGUCUCCUGUCUCUUUCCACCAGGUGUCUGAAGUUCUGACCAAAGGGAAGUGCCGCUUGUCUGUGAGUGGUUGGUUUCAUGGCCCGUCGGUGGCAAGGCCUCCCCGCUACAUUGAAUCCCUCCUGCCCCGGAGUCCACAUCUCCCAUACGAUCAUGAAAUCUUGUAUGAGUGGAUCAACCCAGUUUACUUGGACAUGGAUUCCCAAGCCCAGAUCCAGGAGGAAUUUGAGGAGCGAUCAGAGCUUCUCCUGAAGAACUUCCUGAAGGGAGAGAAAUUUCAGCUUGUGUGUGAAGCUCUGCAGAAAGAAGACAUCAAAUGGAGCAGCCGAGGACCCCCCAAUAAAAGAUGUUAUGAGAAGGCUGAGGAGGGGAGCCUUCCGGAUGUCCUGAGGAAGUGCCUCAAGUUAUUCCACUCCGAGGCCUUGUUCCUGCUGCUCUCCAACUUCACAGGCCUAAAGCUGCACUUCCUGGCUUCCUCUGAUGAUGAGGAUGAGGAGGGAGAAGAAGGAAGAGCUGCAGAUUGCACUGGACACAGCUCUUCCAAACCCAAGCAAGGAGAAAGCAGUCAAAAGGCCAACGGCUGUGCUGACCAAGUAGAUCAGCCUGAAAAUGACCCCCAAACCAAAGAAAGUGAUACAAAGAACAGCUCAAGUGUCCCCAUGUGCAUAGGGGAGCUGAGGCACUGGACAAAUGGCCACUACACUCUAGUCCAUGACACCCAAAUCACAGAGUUUGCCCUGGACAUGCUGUUCUUCUGCAGCUGCGAAGAUUGGGAUGCAGAGUAUGGUGGCUUUACAUCCUACAUUGCCAAGGGUGAAGAUGAAGAGCUGCUGACGGUGAAUCCAGAGAACAACUGCUUGGCCUUGGUUUACAGAGACAAAGAGACUUUGAAAUUUGUGAAGUAUGUUAACCAUCGUAGCUUGGAGCGUCCAAAAAAACAGAGCAGAGCUGGAUUCUGGGACUUCUCUUUUGUCUACUAUGAGUGACGGCACUGGGCAUGGUCAUCUUCUGAGAGGGAAUGGCUUAGUGAUACAGUAAUGGGUUUUGAAUAGGCUCCUGGACUGGCUUCUUAGUAGGUGCAUCUGUAAUGCAUGGAUCAGUUGGCGCCAUUUGCUAAGCCUAGAUUUGAUUCACCUGACAGCAUACGAGCUGUCAUGCUGGUGUUGAAGUCCAAGUGACUUUCAUAGGUUGUUGUUUUUUUAAUAACUAACAAAUGGAAGCACUGUUCUGCUGUCCAAUCUUAACUCUUACUCACUCUCCCAUUCUGGUGCUGCUCCACUAGAGGGAGUCUUACUUGGAUCCGUAACACUCCACUCUUGAAUAGUUCUUUGCAGAGCGUUCCAGCCCAGCUCUCCUGAAGAGCCCUGCAAUGAAUGUACAUCUUGCCAUGAGACACAUCAAGACUUUAUGUAACCCCAAAUUGGUGACUGCUGUGAGCACUGCAUAAAUUUAUACUCCAAAGCCUUCAACUGAUCAUCAGGAGGAAAGAACCAGGCUUUAUUCCAAACCAGGGCUUCCUGACUUCCCCGAUGUGCAAGCCAUCUCUCUUCUGGGGCCUGAUUGUUCCCUCUGCAGUGAGAAAUAGUACAUGCAAAGCGUCCUGCCACAUAACUGCUGUAUUGUCUAGGAGCUGGUGGGUACAGGAGAGAAGCUUGUGAAAAUGUCUGCCAAAAACAUAGUUCCCCCCCCCCCACGAAAAAAGUGAAACUUUGUAUAUCUGGGAAGGGACGAGGUGGGGAGAGAUGAUAGUUGAGGGGGAGCCUUCAGCCUCACUCUACUUGUACUGGUACAAAGAACAAACCUGUAGGAUUUUAGUGAGCAGGGAAAGGGGAGUGGGAGGAUAUAAGCAGGGGUUAAAAUAAUGUGGGCUGGUGGAAAAAACAUAGUUAAGGGCCUAUCCCCCCUUCUUGUCUCCUUGGCAAAUACAGUAGGUGGGGUUGCCAUCCCCAGUGUGUCUUCUCACCAUCACCCUUCAAGCUGCAGCCUAAUUCUAGCUGGGGAGGGGCGUGGUCUCCAUCACUCUCGUAGCUGAAUACCUAAUUUUGCAUUCUGCGCAGCUUGUUCCAUCUAGUCACCCCAGGCCCCUGGGGUUGCAGGAGGCUAGUUCGGACACUGGUUGCUCAGCCAUGACAGGAGCAGUACAUGCUUUUAAGUUUUUUAAAAUAAAAUCUUAAAAGCAGAUUGGCGUGACCUGCUGUCCCCGCGCGAGGUGCAGUUCUGACUUUGCAAGGCGUACCACGUUGCUGAAGCAGUCAGGCAUUAUCCGCCCACUCACUGGUGCUGUCACAGAACGUGCUGGCUCUCAGGAAGGAACAGUGUGGCUGAGUUCGGUACAGCUGACUAACUACUGCUUUGCACACGCUGGUGCUGAGCUUAUUUUGCAUUGCCUAGAAGGUGUUUUGCACCUUCAGUAGUAACUGACUUACACACCUGUGCUUUUGCUGCAAUUAAUGCCUUUGCAAAUCCAUCUAAGCCUUGGAAUAUAGCCCCUGGGCUUGCAAGGGGAUGGGAGAGAAACAUGCACGUCCAUGCCUUCGCAUACCGACUCGGUGUGGGAUGAAGCAGCAUAGGGAGGGAGCCUGCUACCCCCCAGUUUCUGUGGAGAUCUGCGACUUCCUCGGGGUAUGUAACCCAGGACUGUUAUUGGGCUCAGAAAUGGCGAAGUGCUGGAGCACAGCGAGCCGGUUGCUCUCUGCACAUGAUCUAGCUUUAGCCAGAGCUUCGUAUAACUAACUAACUUGCUUUCAUGAUCUGGUUUCUCUGUGCAAGGUAGAGACUGGUUUCAUAGAUUCCAAGGCCAGAAAGGACCAUUGUGAUCAUAUAGUAUGUCCCCCUGUAUAACACAGGCAAGAGAACUUUCCCCAAAUAAUUCCUAUAGCAGAUCUUUUAGAAAAAAAUAAUCCAAAAGGCUUUCUUAGCUGGUUUGAACAUUUAAACCAUGGUGCUGUUUUAAGCCAGUUGUGAUGAGUAUAAAACUAGAAACAAAUCCUAAUGGAGGUCAGGACGCUUUCCAAAUCUUGAAUGGGUACUUUAGGUUAAAUGCCAAGCCAAGCUGCAUUUCUUCUGUGUUGGGUAUCACUUCCUGGUCUAUAGUUAUCCUUGAGAAAUAGAUUCUGUCCAGUCUUUGAGAUGCCAAAGCUGAAACUACUGUGCAGUGCAAUUUUCCAUGCAUAAAAGGAAAGUUGAUCAGGUGGCUUAAAAUAUAAGGGAGAAGCACGUAAUGGCCUACAAGGAUGUGAGGCCUGCAAGCACCAAGAGUACAAGGAAAUGUUUAGAGGGCAGCCAGGCAUUGGAAAUAGAAGUGAAAGGUUGAUUUUAUGGAAAAGCUGAUUAUUCUGUGUAACAACUACUUUCUCCUAAGGCUGAGCUCCAGCAGUCUGUGGAAUAGCCUCUCAAAGGACGGGCUAGAAGCUGAACCUGUGUGAAACCAGCCUAGAUACUGCAGUGGAGGAAACAAGCCUCCACGGGCUGUACUAGAUAAACUAACCUCUGUGCUCUAUGAAAUAUCGGUGCGUCUCAGCUGUAUGGCAUAAAGUAACUUUAGAAACAACUGGCACUGAGGGAGCUAAAAAAAAUCAACAGCUCCCUUUGCUCCCUCUAAGCUGGGCCUUGGGGUGGAAAGAACAAGUCCCAAGAUUACUUGAAAUGCAGGAGGCAGGCACUUGGCAUUUACUGUAUACCGGAUUUUCUAAGUGGUAUUUUAAAUCACAUUAGCUAAUGUUUAAAUAAAAAAAAAAAACAUUUUGUUUAAUCUUGACAAAGACUAUACAGCAAAUAUCCCUCGCUACAGGCUCUGUUUUCUAAUACUGAAAUUCUGGCAAGGUAGUUCAAAUUGGCCCUGCUUGUAAAAUGCACUGAUCCUCAGAAGAAAGAUACCAUCAAUGUGAAACGUACCCAUGCCCCAGAAGGAGUAGGAAGAGUGACACAGAGGAAGAACAAAAGAUGCUAGUGACUAGCAGUUACAUGAACAAAGUGGGACAUGCUGUGAGCUGCAGUGAAGGGAUACAUACCAGGCAAUAAACCAUUAUGCAACA